GUUCCUAUUUACACUGUGGAGAAACCUGGGUUUCAACGACUUAUUAAGCAGCUAAACCCAAGGUAUGCUCUUCCCUCCCGGAAUCACUUUAUGUAUAGUGAAAUCCCAGAGCUGUACAACACAACAAAACAAACUCGCAGCAGCAUCAGGGGAAUCCGUACUUCUCCUGUACCACUGACCUUUGGACCAGCAGGGCUGCAUCCUCUUUCAUGGCUAGCUGGUGUCUGGGAUGUGUUGGGCUACAUUCAGAGCAUACAGGAGACUGCUUUGGAGGAGAUAGUACAGGAAUCAUGGAAGCUGGACACAACUAAAAUGGCAGCCAUCACUACAGAUAAUGCUUCAUCUAACAAGAAAGCAUUUAAGCAGCAUUUCACACGGGUCCCAUGCUUUGGUCACAACCUGCACUUAGCUAUAAAAAAGGGUCUUGAUAUUGAUAGUGUGUCAGGAGCAUUAUCCAGGUUGAGAAAAACAGCGGCAGCUUUCACAAGGUCACCAAAGAUGACCCAGCAGCGAAAGAAUAAACAAAAAGACUUGAAGCUACCAGAACACAGACUCAUCCAUGAUGAGCCAACACGCUGGGACUCGUCUUUUGAAAUGGUGGAUAGGUUUAUUCAACAGCAGCAAGCAGUCAGUACAAUUUUAGCAGAGGACAGAAAGAAGUGGUAUCUUAUGCAAAAAGAUCACCAUUUUUGA